AUUUUUCUUACCUUUAUUAUACUACUUGAAGAACAUGGAACAACUUAAAUUCUACCUGUCACAUUUGUUUAGGUGAGUAUCAAUGUGUUUCACAUAUUAAAAGUUAGAACAUUAUAUACUCCUUACUUUUACUGGUUAUAAAUGCCAAACUUAUCUAAUGUAUUGUUCGUGUUUCAUCUUUUAACAUUCUGUUUGAUAUAUUGGACCAACAACUUCCUUCCACAUUUUCAGGGAUCUGGUAUAUUGUGGAACAAGUAUGAUUUUCCUGUAUUCUUGCUCUCGGAGAGUAGUACGAAGACCAUCCAAGAGGUUUCUGAAGAAAUUUUAAAGAGACAGAGAUCUUAUACCACUGUUGUGGCUGAGUUUGAUCUUGUGAUGCAGACAGUGAAAGCUAGAACUCGUGAUUCAGAAUCUUGUUUGAAAGAGGAGACCUGCCUUCCAUUAGGGGGAUACAGUGUUUGGUCAUCACUUCCUCCGCUUAAUAUCUCCUCCUCAGAUCAGGGUAAGCCUAUUAUAUUGACUGUGGCGUCAAUGGAUUCGGCUUCAUUUUUCCGUGACAAAAGCCUUGGUUCAGACUCCCCAAUAUCAGGCAUGAUUGCACUCUUGGCAGCGGUCGAUGCACUAUCACAUUUGGAGGCUUUCCAUGACCUUAAUAAACAGACAUUGUUCUAUUGGCUUUGUCGUCUCUUAACUUGGCAAAAAAGUAUUUUCUUUUUCAGUGAUCACAUUUUCAUCAAUCUGAUUUAUGAAGACUGUACUAUAUUCAAGUGA